AUGCUGCGCAACCUGGCCUCGAUCUCGCGCCGCUCCGUGGCCCUGCGCUCGUCCGCGUCGCCCCUGUCGGCGCGCGCCUUCUCGUCGGCCUCGUCGGACUACGACGUCGUGGUCAUUGGCGGCGGCCCGGGCGGCUACGUGGCCGCCAUCAAGGCCGCGCAGCUGGGCCUCAAGACGGCCUGCAUUGAGUCGCGCGGCAAGCUGGGCGGCACCUGCCUGAACGUGGGCUGCAUCCCGUCCAAGGCGCUGCUGCACUCGACGCACCUGCUGCACACGGCGCAGCACGACUUCAAGAGCUACGGCAUCGACGCGCCCGAGGUCAAGGCCAACUUCCCGCAGAUGAUGAAGGCCAAGGAGAAGGCCGUCAAGACGCUGACGGGCGGCAUCGAGAGCCUCUUCAAGAAGAACAAGGUGACGUACAUCAAGGGCUUCGGCAAGGUCUCGGCCCAGGGCGAGGUCUCGGUCGCGCUCAACGACAACAAGGGCAACGAGACGGUGAAGGCCAAGAACAUCAUCAUCGCCACGGGCUCGGAGGUCACCCCCCUGCCGCCUGUGCCCGUGGACAACGAGGCCGGCAAGAUCAUUGACUCCACCGGCGCCCUGUCGCUCAAGCGCGUGCCCGAGCACCUCGUGGUCGUCGGCGCCGGCGUCAUCGGUCUGGAGCUCGGCUCCGUGUACAAGCGCCUCGGCUCCAAGGUGACGGUCGUCGAGUUCCAGGACGCCGCCUGCCCCGGCAUGGACAAGGAGUCCGUCAAGGAGUUCACCAAGCUGCUCAAGAAGCAGGGUCUCGAGUUCCAGUUCGGCACCAAGGUCACGGCCUCGGAGGUCAACGGCGACGUCGUCAAGCUCACCACUGAGCCCUCCAAGGGCGGCGACGCCUCCACCAUCGAGUGCGACACCGUGCUGGUCGCCACUGGCCGUCGCGCCUUCACGGCUGGCCUGGGCCUGGAGCAGAUGGGCAUCCAGACUGACAAGCUCGGCCGCAUCGAGGUCGACGACGCCUUCCGCACGCAGGUGCCCGGCAUCUUCGCCAUCGGUGACGUGAUCAAGGGCGCCAUGCUGGCCCACAAGGCCGAGGAGGAGGGUGUUGCCUGCGUGGAGAACAUCGCCGGCAAGCACGGCCACGUCAACUACGGCGCCAUCCCCGGCGUCAUCUACACGUUCCCGGAGUUCGCCUCCGUGGGCAAGACCGAGGAGGAGCUCAAGGCCGAGGGCAUUGAGUACAACGUGGGCAAGUUCCCCAUGAUGGCCAACAGCCGCGCCCGCACGGUGGCUGAGUCCGACGGCCUGGUGAAGGUGCUCGCCGACAAGAAGACGGACAAGCUGCUGGGCGUGCACAUCAUCGCCAGCAACGCCGGCGAGAUGAUCGCCGAGGGCGUGAUCGGCAUUGAGUACGGCGCUGCCAGCGAGGACCUGGCGCGCACGUGCCACGCCCACCCGACGCUGAGCGAGGCGUUCAAGGAGGCCUGCUUUGCCGCCUUCGACAAGCCGAUCAACUUCUAAGCUGUCGGGUCGGUGGAGACUGCCUUGUAGAUCAAGUGAGAUGCAGCGGAGCGGGCAUUAGGAUAGUGCAGACCAAGUAGCACGCGCCCAGUAUGCGUGUGGCAGAGUGCUUAUCGCGUAUUCAAUGGUUAUAUACGUGGCUCUUUACUGCUUCUUC